GAAAAAUGAGCAAAGUAAGAAGAAGAAGAUUCUCUUUGAUCCACUUUCCUCCAUUGUCGUCGCAUAGAGUGGAGAUUUUCGGAUUCAGUUUAUGAAGUAGAGAAUUGGGUCUAAGGAUUCAGUUUUAUAAACCCUAAAAGUAUAUGUUUCUGAUUAACUUAUAAAAAGAUCAUUUUUUUUUCUAAGGAUUGGAAUGGGGUUUUUCAAGAAAUUGGCUGGUGUGUUUGGAUUUGGCCAGGAAGUGUUGAAAAAUGAGGAAGAUGAUAUUAAUGUUUCCGGUGACGGAGAUAAUCAGACGAGAUUUCGUGAAACUGGAUUACCAAGGAAAGGAUUUGGAGUUCCGGUUCAAGUUGCUGUCGAAAGGUCUCAACUUGGUCCUCUUCUUCAGCCUUGCGCCAAUGGAGACGGUGGUAUUCAGGGACUAAGAUGGUAUACGAAACGGCUAAGGGUUGAUGAAGAUGGAGAUGUUGCAGAUGAGUUUUUGGAAGAGGGAGAGAAACUGACAAACGCAGAAGAUGAUCAUAACUGUAUUAAGACUAUCCCAAGACUCCAAAUUAAACGCAAAACGAAGCCUGUAAAAGUAAGAGGACUAGUUGUGUCUUCUGAUGGGAAACUCCAGCAAUGUAUUGAACAUCAUGGAAGGUUAUUUAUAGUAUGAAUGAUUUUGCAACAGAGAAGGUUAGGACAGGUUUUUGUUUUAUCAGAAACUCCGGAUUAAAUGUGUAAAAAGGGAAGCAAAUAGAGUUGCAGACAUAUUGACGAGAAAGGGCAAUGAUCAGUUUAGCUUUGUUUGUGUCUUUGAACUAUAUUCCAAUUUGGCUUAUCGAGUCUGUACUAACUGAUUUGAUUCAUAUGAUUUGUUUUUAGUUUUUGAUUUUUGGUA